AGCCACUGUGGGAGGAGGCUGUUGCGGGGGCCCGGCUCUGAGUCUAGAUUCGGCUGGGCGCUGACCGAGUGCUGGAGUGGCGGCUGUCGGCCACCGGGCCCGCGCACCGCUGCUCCGGGUGCCCCAGGCGAGGCGCUGGCCGCAGAAGGCCGCUGGGAGGGCGCGGGCGGCCGGCCGGGGCGUCAUGUCCAUGGAGGACCCCUUCUUUGUGGUGAAAGGAGAGGUACAGAAAGCAGUCAACACUGCCCAGGGAUUGUUUCAGAGAUGGACAGAGCUCCUUCAGGACCCCUCCACAGCAACAAGAGAAGAAAUCGACUGGACUACCAAUGAGCUGAGGAACAACCUCCGUAGCAUAGAGUGGGACCUGGAGGACCUUGAUGAAACCAUCAGCAUAGUUGAAGCAAAUCCUAGAAAAUUCAACCUUGAUGGAACUGAAUUGAGUAUAAGAAAAGCCUUCAUUACAAGUACUCGGCAAAUUGUCAGGGAUAUGAAGGAUCAGAUGUCAACUUCAUCUGUGCAGGCAUUAGCAGAAAGGAAAAACAGACAGGCGCUGCUAGGAGACAGCAGCAGUCAGAACUGGAGCAGUGGAACAACAGAUCAAUAUGGGCGCCUCGAUCGAGAGCUGCAGUUAGCCAAUUCCCAUUUCAUUGAGGAGCAGCAGGCACAGCAGCAGUUGAUCGUGGAACAGCAGGAUGAGCAGUUGGAGCUGGUCUCUGGCAGCAUCGGGGUGCUGAAGAACAUGUCCCAGCGCAUCGGAGGGGAGCUGGAGGAGCAGGCAGUCAUGCUCGAUGACUUCUCUCAUGAGCUGGAAAGCACUCAGUCUCGACUAGACAAUGUGAUGAAGAAGCUUGCAAAAGUAUCUCACAUGACCAGUGAUCGGCGCCAGUGGUGUGCCAUAGCCAUCCUCUUCGCAGUCCUGUUGGUCGUGCUGAUCCUCUUUCUAGUGCUGUGAUGGUGGCCUUUCUCGGGCCCUUCUACAUGUGGACCCAGGGGAGAGGAGAAGCAAGCACACUCCACUUACAUUCCUCUCCCGGAAGCAUGCCUCUGCCCUGCCGUACCCUUCCUCUGUGUGACUCCGCUGUUGAUACAGCCCUCCAUCCCAGCGCUGGAAGGGCAGGCUUGGAAGAGGAAAGGUGACCGCAUUCCUGGCUGGAUGACAGAAGCCCCCUGAUGCCCGUUUUUCUGAGGACAGCUAGCCACUUUCUUUGCCUCGCUGGACUUCGCUCCUUGAGGAGGAACUCAGAGUCAUCCAGAAGAAUUAAUGGACUCACUCAAUCUGUCGCUCAUUCCACUCGUCUUUGGCAGCUCUUUCCUUGUGCUCAAUCCUUUUCCUGCUUAGACGGGCACCACUGUCCUUUCAAAAGAGGCCUGUCAAGAAUGCGGGUGUUUGGGUAUGUACAUUUCCCUUUGCUGUUGCAGUUCUUUUCUCCUGAGAGCUGGCUGUUAAUGAGAACAGAGGCUCGGAACACUUGUGACAGAAAUGCAGUGUUUCAUUUUUCUGGGGUAAAAACUGAGAUUAAAUUGCUUUCCCAGGUGCAUUUUUUGUGGUAGGAAUAAGUAACAGGAAACAGUGAAAUGCCUGAGGCUUGGGGCUGCUGUAGACAGCAGCUUUAAUGGUCAGGAGCAAUUGAGAAGAAACAGCAUGACCCAAGUUGGUUCAAGUAAAGGGUUAGUAAUGUCUCCAGGGGUCGGACCAGACCUGCUGACCUUGUGUCGCUGUCCCAGGGCUUUCUCCCUAGAGGUGAAACUUAGAUUUUUAGAGUGCCCCUAAAAUACAGUGUUGAACACAGUAGCAGCACUCAGCUGGAGCUACUGGCUCCUCCUCCUUUAUUUUACUUUAUUAUUUUUUUUAAAUUCUGAUUGCACUCUGCAAUGAGGGAGGGGAGAUGGGCAGGAAUCAGUAUAUUUAUAAUACAUUUACACUGCAACCGUCCUGACACACAAAGUCUGGAUCAGACUUCCCUUACCUUGUGUGUAAUAGCAAGGAUGGAGAACUUGAGGCUUUUCUUCACUAAGAUGGCAACUUGACUUCAUCAUCCAUUUGAAUUAUGAGCCAGUCCAAAUUUAAUGAUAGAGGCUUUAGUUGACUUUAAGUAGCUGGAACUGUUGAGAUGCUAAACUUCAAGCUUCUGGUGACUUUUUAGAUGCCUCAAGUGUCCACCUAUAUAUAGGACUUUUUUUAUAACUUCCCUAAUGCAUAUCAUGAUAUUAAAGUCCACUGUGGGUACCAGAGCCAACACUAGGCCAUGGAGUUGCAGCCUCCCCCAUCUUUGUCUUUGUGCUUGGAAAGAACAGCACCUGCAUAGCGUGAGCCGUGACUCCCCUCACCUUGCCUUUCUGUGCACUCCCCAGCACGCCAGCUUUUUAAAAAUCUUCUUUAUGUUCCUUAGGGUUUUGAUUUUUGGGUCCCUCUUUUUUGUUAUUUUCAAUGAUGUGCUUGCCCAGCUAACUUUUAAAUUGCACUUUUAAAUAAAUAUUUGUAACAAUUUUUAAAAAGAAGGAUAUUUUAUCUUUAGGAUCAUGAUAGGUAAAGAAAUCUACCUGUUGAUGAAAGCUAAAAGCAAAUUCGUAAAACUGAAAGGGUGGUCAACAUCCAUGUUUACUCUCUGCUCUGAUGUUUGAUAUAGAAAUUAUUUCUUUUCAGGUUAGAGGGAAAAGUGAAAAUUACAAAGGGCUUCAAUGUAUGUUACCAGGUUAUUUAUGUUUCAUGAAAUUUUAAGGUUUUGAGUAGUCUUCUGUAAACUUAGACCAGGGAUAGUCCUUAGAUUUGCAUUCAAGUAUAGAAGCCUUUUGUUAAAAAUCAAUGUGGGCCUUGUCUAAGUACUGUAAUCCACACUCCACAUUACAAAGCAGCUAGCAUUCAAAGAAUUAAAAUUACCCAAUUUAGAAGCCAUGUUCUUGUCCUGCUCUAACAAGAUUCUGUCAGACAGGCCUGUUUAGAACAGGCCUGGUCCUCACUGAGUAACAUUUCCCUUUAGUUCAAGGACAAAGUUUUGUGACUCUGACUUAAUUUGUUGGCUUGAUUUUGAAUCAGCAUGUUGACCUCACCAUUUAAGGUGUUUACUGAACAGGGUUGUAGAUGUGAACCAGGCUGAAGACGAGUAGGGAAUGUGUAGAAAGUCAACUUCAAAUACAAGUGCUCACCUUUCAGGCCAUCACACUGUUGUGGCCACUGACUUAGUCCAGGCCCCAUCCUGUUGGGCCCUGCCUUGGAAGCCCUAUAGAUGGAGGCUCCUUUGGAAACUGUGGGAGAGAACAAGAGGCAAAUCUUUCUUAGUAACCCAGGGAGCUAAAGAGGUUCCUCCACCCUGUGUCCUAGAAGAGGGAAAGGGGGAACAGGGACACCCCACACUACUUAGGAGUGCCUCUUGAAGCUGUGUUCCCACCCUAACCCCCAGCUUUCUGCACUGAGUGUUACAUUCACCAUUUUUAAAGAACUGGCAGAAUAUGAUGGAUAACAGAGAAACAGCUCAGUUUGUGUUUAAUUGCAGAACAUUUUACUUAACUGGUUGGGGGUAUGAGAUGGGGUACCAUCCAUUGAGGGCAUUUGCCAGAGUGUGACUCCAACAGGAGAACCAAAACACCUUUAGUUUUCAGCCCUAAUUUCUGGUCUUUGUUUGGACUGGAAAACCACAGUGCUACGUAUGCUUUGGACAGUGAGGCAAAUGAAAUUUGUGUGUGUGUGUGUGUGUGUGUGUGUGUGUGUGUACGCGCGCAUGUGUAUUACAUGAGAAUCUUCCACAAUUUCAGAAUUUAUGCCAAAGCUGAAGGGGGAACUUGGUAACUUGCCCAUUAUUCUCUGCUUUUAGCCAGAGUUAAACAGACUGAUGGGUCUGGUAGCCAACAACUUGGCAACUUCCACUCCUUCUCACCUCGUGAGAUUAAGGGCUGUGAAAAGAAAUCUAGUCUAACUCCAACAGAAAUCUGUGUCUGCUAAGUGUUUUACCUUCUGUAAGUAAAGGUGGUGGAGCCAAGAUUUUUCUUUUUCUAAUUUCCCUGCCCAAAAAGUGAGACCAAAGAGACAUUCAUAGCAUUUGAAGGUGAAAAAAAUUGAAUGAGAAAUGAGUUGCAAUUGCACCUCUGUGGGCUUUGUCCUGUUUGGCUCACCUUGUGCUACAAAGUGAAUUUGUAAACAAAAUAAAAAUGGACUUUGUGGAAAGCAAGCUGCAGAAUAGGGAUGCCAGCCUCUCCUUUUCCCUGUUCCUGCCACUGGCGUUGCCUUCCUCUCAAAUUGUUUGGAAUAAUGCUUUUGUUGCUUGUUUUUAAAGAAUGUUCUUUGUCCUUCAAGAGUCGAGAAAAGGUAAAACCAGAGUUCCCAAAUUUAUCAGCCCUUCUGUCACUGUGCCCCUUCCUGACCACAGUCCCUAAAGAGAAGAUCUCCCAACAAGAGCAGUUGCUAGGCCACCAGAGACCUAGCAACCAGAUUCUCUCAGGACCUUUGCUGCCAGAAGGGGAAGGUUAACUCACCCAGCUGGCCUGGAAGAGCAGGUGGUCUUCCUUCAAUGUCCAGCUACCUUUGUUCAGCUCUCACCCCUUAAAAGACAUGCUUACCCUGAAAAUGUUCUUAAGAGGGCAGUGUUGCAAGGUGGUCAGAUGGCUCAGCAGGUAAAGGCACCUACCGCCAAGCCUGACAACCUGAGUUUGAUCCCCAGAACCAACAUGGGUAGAAGGAGAGAACUUUGAUCACAAGUGUGCCAUAUUGUGCAGGCACAGAUACACACAAAUAAAUUAAUAAAUGUAAAUUUUCAUUAAAAAAGAGGGCAGCAUUGGUCUGUUGUAUAUAAAUGUGGAUGCUACUGUCACCCAUUUCUCUCUAAGGCUCACUGAGAAACUGCUGUCUGCUGUGGAAAAGCAGGGAGAGUUUGGAAUAAAGCAAUCCCUGUGAGCUGAACAGCACUACCCUGAGCCUCGAGACUGAGCCCAGCACUUGGUGACCCAGCACAGGGGUAAAGCUCCAAAGCAGCUGUCUCUGUCUUACCAUCAACUGUAGACUGAGAGAGAUGGGGGAGCCAGUGGGAAAUGAAAAGCCACAGUAUAGCCAUACUGCAGUCAUUAGCCAUUGGGUAAGUUGAGGCACUGCAAGCUGGCCUUAGUGACAGAACUUAGACUGAUGCUGACCUGUUGUGUUCAGCUCCCCAUUAUAGCUUCACCUUUUUUUGCCAUGUGGAUAGAUACUGUAGCUGAAGGUUAGAUGGCCGCUGACUCUGUGUUCUUAAGGUUCUUCCUAUGUUAUAGCCUCUGCUAAGCCUGUUGUCGGGACAGGGGUGAGAAAGGAAGAACUUGUGUGUGUGUGUGUGUGUGUGUGUGUGUGUGUGUGUGUGUGUCUACAUACGCGUGUACUGUCAACUAACAGCUGGUGCUAUUUUCCUUCUGAUGUGACCUCAAGGCAGAAAUGUCCUUCCUCUGGCUAUGCUCAGGCAGUGAGUGCCCUGCUUGGGUUUCACAUGAAUGUUUCAUGGACCUGGUUUGCCAGCUUCAGCCAGACCUUUAUGAGAAAGUACAUUUACAGUUUGUGUGUGUGUUUGAGGUCAUGAAUUAUCAGCCAAGAGACCACUUCUCAGGAGCUACUAGAAAUCAGACCACCCAGCUUCAUUGUUUGCUGACCACAUAUCUGGGCCUUGUUCCUUGCUUUGAUGGCAGCCCAGCCCCCUGCUCCAUCUGAGCUUUUGUGGGCCCUGAGGUAGGACCAAGGUCAGGCUGUCUAUUUCAGCUCAGUAGAAAGUAGACAGCUGGAAUCCUGCUUGUGAACAGCAUGUGUGACCCUGAAGCUGAAGUCUGUCCCCGCAGAAGCAGGUGUCUUCAUCCCCCAGAAAACAGAGUGCCUGCACCCUGGUGUCUGUGGGGAGGAGAAGGCAGUCAGCCAUCCCACUAGCAAGGUUUUAGAAUUGUUUUGUUUAUUUGGGAUUUUGUUUCCGCUUUCUUGGUACGGCUUGGGAUUGAACCCAGGGCCUCCCUUGCACAUAGCCAGCAUUGAGGUACCUCUGAGUCAACCCCAGCCCUGGAAGUGCUUUCAGCUCCCUGUGACUUCUCCCUACCUGGCCCAGGCUGGGCUCAGCCCUCAAUAAGCAGGCACGAGAGCCAUUUAGGGAAGGGCCAAAGGCACCAAACUGCAAAUGAUGGUGGAUUUGGGUUUUGUAGGUGGAAAUAGCCUCCCUGGCUCAUUUUAAUCAGAAAUUAGUAUAAAUCAGAAAUAGAAUAUAUAAGCAGCAAAAUAAUAGUAGGGAAUAAACCCUUAUAUAUUUUUCCAAAUAAAUAGCUUUAUUGGGUUUUACUUUUACAUAAUAGGAAGGUUUAGACUGGCACGGGGUCAGGAUCCUGUGAACACCUGGGUGGCCUCCAAAUGGGGCUUCCCCAUAGCGUGGUAAGAGGGAACCAGUGCCCUCAACUAGGGUUUUGUCACCCUUGACCAUAGACUGUAUAUGGUGGCUGCAGCAUCACCUGAGAGCUUGUUAGAGAUGUCUGUUCUCUGUAGAAUUAGCAAGUCUGGAGGUGAGCACCCCCACACUGGGGGCGGGGUCAGUUCAUACUAAGAUUGAUGAACCACUGCUGCAUCAUUGUGGACCUCAGUGUACAGAAAACAUUCCUGCAAAAUGAAGUAUCAUCCACAGCUUUGAUUGUAAUCCAAAAAUUUGAUGACAUCACAGACUUGAAAACUUUAAAAACAUACUAGUAGCCGGGUGUGGUGGUGCACGCCUUUAAUCCCAGCACUUCGGGAGGCAGAGGCAGGUGGAUCUCUGUGAGUUCAAGGCCAGCCUGGUGGUCUACAUAGUGUUCUAGGACAGCUGGGGCUACAGGGAGACCCUGUCUCAAAAAGACCAAAAAAAAAAAAAAACAAACAAAAAAACAAAACUUGUGUAAAACAAAGAAAAACUCAACUAGCCGUCCUUAAAGGUGAUGUUUUUACACCCUGAAGUCUAUUGGUAAUGUUUUCUUAUUUUUGCUCUUAAAACUGUUGCAGCUGUAUAAAAGAAUUCCGUUCAGUAUUAAAGAGAGAUGGAGAGAC